AGGAAACGCCCGCCCACGCCUGCGCGCCUCUGCUGGUCCCCGCCAGUUGCACAGUCCCCCACCCUGCCGGGAGCUGCCAGCUGCCAUCACGUCGCAAUGCACUCUGCCAUCCGUGCCCCACGGGGCCUGCUCUCUGCAGGGCUGGCACUCCUGGUGCUUCCUGGAGCCGCGCUGGGCUCAGACUCCAACCCAGACAACAACUCUGUGGCUGUGGUCUUCCUGGUCUUCCUGCUCCUGGUGCUGCUCCUGGUGCUGGCCCUGGCCUGGCGCAAGCUAAGCCAUGAUUCAGAUGGCAGGUAUCACCCACGCCACCUGUGCCAGCCACACCACCUGCUGGCAGCCCUGGCCAGGCGCUGGCGUGAGCUGCGAGGGCAGAUGCCCCCUGAGAGGCACUGGCAAGGCAAGGAGGAUGAGGAGGAUGAGGACGACGAUGAGGAGGAUGAGGAGACCCUUCAGCGGGAUGAGGAGGAAGGUGGAGGAGGGCAGGAGCAGCAGAGCGAGGAGGAGGGCACUGCUGUGCCAGAGGGGACCCCGCCCCGCGAUGCCCCUGAAGGAGCCCUAGAAGAAGGAGGGGAGGCAGAGGGUGCCAGCGCCGGAGGCCUGCUCAGUGACCUGCACUCCUUCUCCGGGACAGCUGCCUGGGAGGACAGCGCCGCAGAGGGAGGCAGCCGCCAGCAUGUCACUGCCCUCUAGGGAAGCUGAGGGAAGGAUACAGACUACAGGGGGACUGCAGCCCCCCACUUGCUGACUGGGGAGCAACUGCAACUGCUCCCAGCCCCCCUGCAAGGAGCUGGGAUGAACUGCUCCCCACACCCCACCCCUCCCUGCAGAGCUCUUCACCCCUCGCCAUGGGGCUGCAAUGGCCCCCCCUGCACCCCACUUCUCCCCACCACCACCCUCACACCAGGAGAGCCAGCCCAAGCAGAGCAGGGAGCGCCCCCUCUCCCCUAGACUCUGCACUGACUCUAGCACUCCUCCCCCCACCCACCUGCACCAGGCUAUAGGGCGUGACACCAUGGCACGAGGUCGUGGCUCCACUCCCACUGAGGAGCUGCUGAUUGGCCCACAGGUAGCGCUACAGACACCAAUAAAGGGGCAGCAUUGCUCAUAACCUGCCACAAUCUGCAGCUUCAUUUACCCUAGAGGGGAAUGCUGGGGGUGGGGCUGCAUGGGAGGGGCAGAACCAACUGUGAACCACACUCCUGGAAGAAGAGGAAGGGAGGGUGACCCCAGCCUUCUGGCCUCAGGGAAGGCUUGCCAGGCCCCCCUGCCCUACAACAUGGUGGGGGUAGAGUAUGAGGCUUCCCCAUUGAACAAUCUCCCCAACUGGCUGC